CAAACAACAAAGAUGCGGUAAACUUGAAGGUCCAAACUUGAACUUGUUUAAUGAUGUGCAGGCCUUAAGAGCAUUGUAAUUUUACAUCAAUCUUGCCACUAUGACGUCUUCAUCAGAAGACCCCAUAUUUGUGGGGCUGGACCAGAAAUUUGACAAAGUCUUGGCAGAUAUGAAACCUCAUGUAUUGAAACUACCUCAUAAAACAGAUCGUCAGAAAUGUGCUAUUUGGAUUAAGAAGCUUUGUGAACCAGUGACUGGAAUAACUGGAAGAAAAAAUAGGAAUGCUUAUGCCCAGCUAAUGCUACACAUGUUGAAGAGAGGAGUGUUAGAAGGACCAUUUACAAGUAAACCCCAGGAGGGGCCUCUGCCGACCUUGCCACCAUAUAUGUCUAUUUAUUUUGAUGAACCUUCUGAUAAAGGAUCUGAUGAUGAGAAGGUGCCAGAUUGGGUAGCAGGGGAGCUAACCAGUUCUGUGGGAUCAUCUUUGUUCAGAUCUAACAUUGGAAAUCCUGCUGCAUCAUCCACAUGGAAAUCUGGGUUGUCUCCCAUUCGUUAUGAAUCUUCACCAAGAAGGUACUCCUCUAAAAUCCCUGUUCCAAAAAGUCCAAAGUCACCGAGACGUCCUCACACUAGUCUUGGAUUUGACCUGGAUAAGGCCCCAGGGCUUUCUUCACCUACUCGAGGAUUGGAACAGCCAGAGUUUGCAGGCCACACCUACGAUGACAGUUACAUUGACUUCCGUAAGCCCACAAUAAAGACUGCCCACUUUCUGAUAGAUGACAAACCUAAUAUUGAUUUACUUGAUGGUGACAAGAAAAAGACAGCAUUGUUUAAUAUGAAGGGCACAGAUGAAGAGCUAAGUCAACCCUCCCCACCUUAUACCAAAACUACAAGCAAUUUAUUUGGCAGCACAGGGGCAUCAAGUACAUUUUUCCCUGACCAAUCAAGAGAUUUAGAAAAAGAUAAUAUUCAAAUGAGAACUAAAAUGUUGGAGGCGCGAUUUCAUGAGGAAAAGCUUCGACUACAGCAAAAACAUGAUUCUGCAGUUCAGAAGAUUUUGGACAGAAAGAAUGUAGAGAUUGAGGAUCUGAAGACGAAUUACAGAACUAAAGCCAAAGAUCUGGAAGAAACAAUCAGCAAACUGGAACGAAAAAUACAAAAUAUUGGAAAGGAUUCCCAGCAAGUGAUAGAAACCAAAGACAAACAGAUCACAGAACUGAAAAGGAUGUUAGAGGAAUCCACUGAAGUCAGGAACAACCAGUUUGAGAAAAAGAUGAAUGAUAUGAUUGCUGACUUUGAACAAGAGAAGUUUGAGAUGCAAAAGCAGCACACCAAAAACAUCCAAGACAUUCUAGAUGACACAAAUGCAAGAUUACAGAAAAUGGAGAAAGAGUAUGGUCAGCAGACAGCAUCCACGGCUUCCAUUAUAAAAGACCUGGAGGCCAGAGUUCACCAGCUGAUGACAGAGGCUGAUAAAAAUACCAAGGCCAAACAUGCUCUGGAAAAGGCCAAAAUGGAGUCAGACAACAAGCUGGAAAGAUUUACACAAGAUCUACAGGAUCUUAGAGAGAGAUAUAGUAAUCUGGAAAAAGAACAUCACAGAACAGUGGAAACUAAUGAACAGGAAAUGAGAACUCUCAAAAACAAGAUGGAGGCCAGUCUGGAAUUCAUGAAACAGGAACACAAUCUUGCUGCAGCCAAAGCUUCUGACUCUAUAUCAGAGUUGGAGCAAUCUCUGGACCAGUACAAACGUUCAUUGAAAGACGCUGAGGAACAACGACAGAGACAAAUGAGGGAAUUGGAACAAAAUCAUCAGCAAGAUAAACUCCAUUUGGAAAACCUACAUGAUAAACAGGUAAGAGGUUUGAAAAAUGAAAUGGAACAUACAGAUCAAGAAAACCAGAAGAAAAUCAAAAAGCUGGAAGAAACUAUAAGAGAGAAAGAUGAUGAAAUAAAACGACUCCAGGAAGUAAAUAAGAAUCAACUGAUGCAGUCUGAGAAGUCCCUGGAGGAGUUUAAACUACAGGUGGAGAAGAAUCAAACCAGGAUGUAUGAUGAAAUGAAACAACAGAUGGAAAGAGUAGAAACUGAUUUAAACAAAUCAAAGCAAGCAAGAGAGAAACAAUCUCGAGAAUUCUCAAAACAGAUCGAUGAAGAGAGAAAUCAGCAUGAAAGAAAGAUUGUGGAACUAAAGAUGGCCCUGGAACAUGAGAAAGCUCAGAUGUUAAAAGACUUUCACACGCAAAAGGAAAUUGUUAUCUUGGAGCAUGAAAAGGAAAUUGACAGCCUUAAAGAAACGCAUCAGAAUGAAUUGUAUGAGCUGAAGUGUCGAGUCCAGGAGAAACAGGACAAAGAUGUUAAGAAGAUGAGCCAGUAUGAGAGACAGAUUCAGGAGUUACGAGAGGAGGUGGUCCAGGCCAAUCAGCUGAGAAAACAACAGCUGGUAGAGCUGGGGCUCCUAAGGGAGGAGGAGAAACAGAAAAUGCUUAGAGAGCAUGAGUCUGAGGUUAUAAAGUUACGUUCUGAGAUGGAACAGCAGAGACUCGACUUGCAAAAAACACACAGUACAGAGCUAGAAAAAAUGCUGGAGAAGACCAAUGCAAGGCUCAAGGACAUUGAAAGAGAAUACAAUGAGAGGGGGCAGAAAGCUACAGAGACAAUAGGGGAGCUUCAGGCCAACAUCAACCAUCUCAGAGACGAGGUCAAAAGAGUCCGUGACGUGGGAGAGAAGAAAUGCCAAGAUAUAUCACAGCGAUAUGAAGAUGAGAAAAAAUCUAUCAAAAAACAGUAUAACAGUAAUAUGGAGAGUUUGCAGCGUGAAAUAGAUUCCCAGCAGGCAAGAAAUAGGCAGCUAGAGCGCAGGUUGGAACAAAUGGAGGCAGACCAUGAGGAAAAGAUAACACACCUGAAAUUAUCUUUUGAAGAAAAAUUGAGAGGCCUUAUUCCUUCUUCAGUCAGACAGGAACUUGAGGACACCAUCACAUCCCUGAAAUCUCAGAUUAACUCGCUACAACAAAAGACAUUAAUCCUACAGGAAGAGGUGGACCUCAAAAGCAAGUACCCCCUCGGUCAGUUCUCCUCCAGUUCCCCCAUCAAAGCUGUGUGACGAUUGGUCAAUCCUUCAAUAGUUGAGAUUAGUGUACAUGGAAGAAUUUUAAGUCAUAGAUUUUGAAGUUUUCAGUAUUACUUUAAAAAUCCUGUUUUAGUCUUGCAUGUUUUCAGUUUCUCUGUUUAUUGAUAAGGAUUACUGUAUGCAUUAUGAUGACAAAGAUCUGUGAUAUUUUUACGCAAUUGUUUGCAAAACUAUACUCUUUAUUUGAAAAUGUUCUUGAAUGGUGAGAAAUUAUUUUUAUACUGCAGAUUUUAUUCUCUGUCAAAUUCAUCAAUUUUCAGUUACCUUUAUCGAUUGAAUUAUCACUCCUUAUUAAAAAGCUGCUAAUGUGCAACAUGAAUGUACAUUUUAUGUCUGAAUCAUUAUGAUUGUUUUCUUGCAAUGACACAAAGUAUAAUUAUAUCCAGAAAGAUGUAUUUUAUAACACACUAAGGAGGCUGCAGUGUUUACCGGUAUUUGAGCAAUAUUUUUAAGUAACUUGUACUACUCAGAAAAGAUCAUCAAUAUACUUUUUGCAUUUUUACAUCUCAUUGAAAAUUGUGUCAUUUUUAUCUUUAAAACACACGCACAAACAAUUCCAUUAUCUAUGUUCAUUGUUUUUAACACAGAACACUGCGUGGCAUGAAAAUGACCUUGCUGCGAGUUUUAAUGCAUUCAAUCCUGAAUGUUCCUUUGCAUUUUUCCCUUUCAAAAAAAAAAUUAUCCAUUUAUUUGUACUUGUAUGUUCUGCGCAUCCUAUUUUUUAAUAGCCGUGUUAUGUAAUCAUGUUUUAAUGUUUCCAGAAAGUUUUCCAUUGAAAACCUUAAUGAGGUUGCAAUUAUUACAGCUCUUUGUGAACUUUCAUUCUAGAUUUAUUUAUAAUUAUUAAGGAUUGCUGAAUGAAGUGCUGACAUUAAGGCAUUCCAUUUAUGAUAAGAAUUACAUUGUUUAUAGGAUAAAAAUUACUAUUUUGGUCUUAGGAAUUAGAUAACACAAAUGAUUAGGAAGAUCUUGUACCCAUUAUUUAAAGGUAGCAAAUUCAAUUAAUCCUUGCAUUUAUUUGAAUGUAUAUAAAAACUUUACACAUUUUCCCAGUUGACUUCAUACAGGGUACAUGUAAGUUUGAAUAUUUAGUUUUCAUGUUUACUUUUAAUACAAUAUACUAAAAAAACUAACUGCUAGUAUAGGUAAUAAAUUAUUUCUGGCAGAGAAAACAUACAAAUUGUACAAAUACUUGUAUUCCUGUAUAUGAUGUAGUUUGAGAAGGAAGGAUUGAACUUGAUCUUUUAUUUUCUUAUUUAUAACAAAAAAGUUUUAGUACAUGAUUUUAAUUAUCUGACUUUUAAUGUUCCCCAAGGAGGGGUAUUUUUCUAAUUUCUGCAGUGAGUCCAUCCAUACAUUUAUGCAUUAACUCUUGUCCUCGUAUAUUAAAUGUUGUUGAUGUUUUCUUUUUUUUUUGUUGAAAUCCAUUUUCCUUGUAUUUGUACAAUGUUGAUUAUAUAUAUGUUUAUUUAUACAGUAAAUUUUUUCAA